AAAAAAUAAAAAUAAUUGGUUUGAAAAAAAAUUAAAUGGCCAACCUUUUCAGCUUGAGGAGAUUUCUGUGACGUGCUACAACACCGACGGAAGUUAGAUGCGAUUGUUUUCGAACCGGAUAAGGCGUACCAUUUGGGAGCAAAAAAAAAAGGUGAUGUGCAAAUAUAGUUGAUCACACGUUCUUUCACAAUCAAAAGCUGACGCACAUGCAAAGAGUGAAUAAUGUGAUUUUGAAGGUCGUCCCACACUGCUGAGUCGUCAUGGACUUGGAUAUCCCCGUUGCUGUUUUCUUUGAAAUUUUGCCAAUGUCAAGCCUCACACGCGUGAUGAAAACGGCGAGGAGGUUCUCUGCCUGGAUUUUUAAUUUCACCUCCAUCAAGGGCAGUUUUUACAAUGAGUUAACAGUGACUGUGCAAUUCACAGUCAAUGCGCCAUUCCGCUUUGUGAAAUAGGCCGGCCUUUCCCAUUUUUUUAUUGCACGUUUUGUGAUUUUUAUUUGGGGUUAUCAAAGCCAUCAGGUUCCAGUUGUAGCUUCACUUUCAUUCAACACGGACGUUCUUUUAUAUUCCCGAAAAAUGGACCGAAAGCGACUAAUUCUUGGCUACGUGGUGCUGUUUUUAAAUUUUCAGAUUGGCAACGUUCGUUCAGACCAUCAUCGCAUCAAACGACAGAUAGAGUUUGGGGCGAAUGUCGACGAAUUUCUCGGCCGCAGUUUAUUUCGCCCAUUUUCCAACGACGGGGGAUUUAUUGCGAGCCAAACAGGAUUCGACAUUCGUUUUAUAACCAGUGCACAACUAGAUGCGGAAAGCAGUCAAGCUUCCGACCGAAUCAGCGACAUCAUCCGCUUUGAGGAGUCCCUGAUCGAGAACGAAAUCCGCAUUCAACCUAACACGGCUGCCUUUAGCCAUUUAAAGAUAGUUCAACCUACGGCCGACGCUCAGCAGUUGGCACGGGAGGCCCUUCUUGUCAUCGAAGCUACUCGCCAACUUCAGCGAAAAUUCAACCUGACGCCGGUAGAGACUGGUUUGGGUCUCACAUUCCACUCGACUCGUCAGACUAUCCAGUUUCCUGCAUGUCGAUCCAAACCUCCGUGCAUGCAACACUUUGGAUCCGGCGUCAAGUACCGAACAAUCGACGGAUCGUGUAAUAAUUUAGAGAAAACAUCUUGGGGCAUGGCUCGAUCGACAUUUCAGCGCAUCCUACCUCCCGCUUACAGCGACGGUGUUUUUGCGCCAAGAAUAGCCAUGGAUGGAACAGCCCUUCCUAGUGCACGCUUCAUCAGCCUUGUAAUAGUCUCUCAUCACGAUGCUCCACGGGCUGACUUGUCGCUGUUGUGGAUGGUCUUCGGUCAGUUUAUCGAUCAUGACCUGACAUUGUCGCCAACCUUUGUCUUGUCUGACAAUUCCGGAAUUGAAUGCUGCUCGGCAGAUGGCGGAUCGAUGUUGCCAGAAUCUUCACGCCAUCCACAGUGUUUGCCCAUUGAAAUCCCAGCUGACGAUCCGUUUUACCGCAAUUUCAAUCAACGUUGCAUGAAUUUUGUCCGAACCACGCCCGGAUUACGACCCGAUUGCAACUUUGGAUACGCCGAACAAUUGAACGAGCUCACUCACUGGCUGGAUGGAUCUCAAAUCUACGGUAGCGAUGCAGAAACAAUGACGAAAUUGCGUGAUUUCCAUCAGGGAAGACUGCGUUCUACUAGAUUUAAUGGAAGGUCAAUUGUUCCGCUGGAUCCCAAGUCUAAUGUCACUCGGACGGAAGACUGCAAGACUAGUUCUUGUUACAUAGCUGGAGACAUAAGACUUACUGAACAACCACAACUGACAGUGAUACACACACUUUGGUUGAGGGAGCACAACCAAAUUGCUGCAGAAUUAUCUCGUCUCAAUCCUGGCUGGAGUGACGAAAACAUUUUCCAGGAAGCUCGUCGUAUUGUCGUAGCCGAAUAUCAGUUCAUAAUCUACAACGAAUUCCUUCCGAUUAUUCUAGGUAAACGGUACAUGGAUAUUUUUAACUUGAGCAUAUCCCAAUCGCCGUUGUACUACGGAAACGGAAACGGUGAUUACGAUGCAACAAUUGAUCCGUCGAUACAAAAUGAAUUCGCCACGGCUGCCUACCGGAUGGGCCAUUCUCUCGUUCAAGGUCUUGUCAAAUUAUUCAGCCAAAGCGGACAGGUAAAUGAAGAAAGUUCGUUCACUCUGAGCAAUAUGUUGGAUGCCGUUUCACCUAUUGGCAAAGACUCUGCUUGGAUGGAUGAAGCUUUGCGGGGAUUGCUCGAACAACCGAUGCAGAACUUCGAUUCAUCAUUUACUCCGGAAAUAACCAACAAACUCUUUCGUGGUGAAAAACCAUUUGGAAUGGAUUUGGUGGCACUGAACAUUCAACGAGGUCGAGAUCAUGGAAUACCUGGCUACAAUAGUUACCGAGAAAUUUGUGGGAUGAAAAGAGCAGAUCAUUUCCGUGGAUUAUCUCCCCAGAUACCAGAUGAUAUGAUAACACAGCUCAAGCACAUCUAUCGAUCUGUGGACGAUGUAGAUCUCUUUGUAGGUGGGAUACUGGAGACUCCAGUUUAUGACAGUCUCGUUGGGCCGACGUUUCUGUGCAUCAUUGGAGACCAAUUCGCACGGUUGAAAAAAGCUGAUCGCUUCUUUUACGACGCUGGCAACCAGCUUCAUUCUUUUAAUCAAAGGCAAAUAGAGGAAAUUCGUAAGGCGAGUUUAGCCAGAAUUAUCUGUGACCAUAGCGAUGGUACCAUUCGCAUUAUUCAACCUCUAGCGUUACGAACUCCUGGAGAAAUAAACGGCAGGAAAAGGUGCGAUGGACCAUCAAUUUCACGACUAAAUUUUGAAGCUUGGGCAGGAGAACCGAUCUUCUAACGUCAACUCUAUUACGUAUUUAUAAAUUCUGUCUUGUGCGCGUGAGUUAUCCUCUUUUUAAGACUGACCUGCUUUGACCUUUGAGUAUUUGGAAAUCAGUCACCACCGCAUUUCACCAAAAAGAAACGAGUUCGUUUCCUGGUCCCUCCCAAAUGCAUAAUUUCUCUGCUGUAUACUUACAGUCUGAAUGUCUGCUUUACAUCAAUAUAAAGUCAAAUGCUAAACCAUGACACAAUUAUAACGUAUAAUACAAUAUUAUACUUAU